AUGACGGCUACAGUUGCUUCUUCGUUGGGAUUCACCUAUAAUAUGCCGUCGAUGCAUCAUGCUGAACCGUUAACUAUGGAAGAGUAUGUUGCGGCUAUACCCGUACAAAUGCUUGAUGUCGAGGAAAUGCUUCUGCAACAACGUGGAUCAAGACCGGUACCAUUCACUGGUAUGGACAAAAGUGGUCGUGGUGUUUGCGUGCGUAACGAGCAAGGUACAUGUCAGAUGGGCUCGGUCUGCCCUCUACGACAUCUCGUCGGUGAUAAGGCAGUCGUUUGUAAGCACUGGCUUCGUGGUCUGUGCAAGAAGGGUGAUCAGUGUGAAUUUCUUCACGAAUACGAUUUGAGUAAAAUGCCUGAAUGCUUCUUCUUCUCCAAAUACAUGGCUUGCAGUAAUCGUGAGUGCCCGUUUCGACACAUCGAUCCUGAAAGUAAAAUCAAAGAUUGUCCGUGGUACGAUCGAGGGUUCUGUAGGCAUGGGCCCUAUUGUAAGAAUCGUCAUCGACGUCGAGUAUUGUGUCCGAAUUAUUUGGCCGGAUUUUGUCCAGACGGUUCAGAAUGCAAGUACGCUCAUCCAUCGUUCAAUCUGCCACCUCUGGAUACGACGCAAGGAGCUCGAAAUAGGGGUCCUUUCAAUGCCGCCAUAAUAUGCCAUAAUUGUCACGAAAGAGGACAUAAGGCGACGUAUUGUCCACAUUUACCAACUCAGAAUCAACCAUUAAUGGAAGCAUCCCGUACUAACCAGGCAAUGCCUACGGAACCUGCUGUUCAAGUUCAACUACCUGAUAAGAAGGCACUUUCUGAUGUUACAUGCUAUAAGUGCGGUGAGAAAGGUCAUUACGCGAAUCGUUGUCACAAAGGUGUUUUGGCGUUCCUCUCGAAUACGGCACACUUAGCACAUGAACAACGUGAAAGGGACGAAAAAGAAGGACGAUAUUUCAUUGAGGCAACGACUGUUAUUGAAUGUUUGCAUACGUUUUGCAAGUCGUGCUUGCUGAAACAUUUCGAAAACGAGAACAAUUGCUGUCCAAAAUGUAACAGUCUCAUCCAUCAGAGUCAUCCAUCACAUUACGUGAGUUUCGAUCGUACCAUGCAAGAGCUGGUGUAUAAAUUAGUGCCGGGCCUUCAAGCCAAAGAAGAGGAAUACAGAAGUGCGUUCGCAAAAUCUAUCAAAGAGGAGUCCGAUGGCGAUGAGAGCGUCACGAAGACGGAGGACUCUGAAAGUAUUCCCGAGAGGAAGGAUUGCUCAGAGGAUGUGAUGCGAAAUCAUCAUCGUGCCGACGAACAGUUGGUGAUUGAGUUGUGCACAGACAACUUCUCUAAAUUCGACAACAUCCCAAUGCCGAUCGUUCGACUAUCAUCAAUGGCCACAGUCAAUACGAUUAAGCGAUAUUUGGCGUUGGUGUUGUUGGGUGAUAUAAGUCGAUAUAAUGAAUUGGAUAUUUUUUGUAAUAACGAAUUGAUGGGACGUGAUUAUUCGAUGAAGUUUAUCGAGAAAACACGAUGGCGUAACAAGCCGAAAGUGGAUCCCAUACAGCUCAUCUUCAGAAAGCAUAUCGACUUCUAG